UCUUAUUUUCGUGGACAGAUUUUCGGCAGAGUAAAUCAAUGGAGUAAUGCAAAUGAUACUUUAGUUCCUCUCGUUUCGCGACUUCCGCUCUGCUGAAACAUAUUAAUAUUUUCCAUAUUGGAUAAAUAUUUUGGUUAAUUGCUGCAAAAUAUAUUUUACGAUAUUCUUAUUUUCCUGGAAAAGAUAGGAGGAUGGCUGCUGCUGAGGUGAACAGUAGUUCUGCUCCGGUGUUGGAGGAAAAGGAGCCUAUAGAAGUCACCACUGAAGGCGAGCACACAGAGAACUACCAGACACUAAUUGAUGCCGGACUGCCGCAGAAAGUGGCUGACAGUCUCAACAAAAUAUUCUCUACUGGGUUGCUGGCAUACACUGACCUAGAUGAGAGGGCCAUCGAUGCUCUGAAGGCGUUCAAUGAAGUGGGAGCGUUGUCUGUACUGUCGCAGUUCAAAGAAAGUGACCUGACCCAUGUCCAGAACAAAAGUGCUUUUCUUUGUGCAGCUAUGAAGACAUACAGACAGAGGGAAAAGCAAGGAAGUAAAGUUCAGGAAUCCUCCAAGGGUCCUGCUGAGUCCAAGAUCAAGGCUCUGCUGGCGCGGACAGGAUACACCCUGGACGUCACCACCGGACAGAGGAAAUACGGAGGGCCCCCACCAGAGGAAGUGUUUAAAGGAGCACAGCCUGGGAUUGGAACUGAGGUGUUUGUAGGAAAGAUCCCCAGAGACCUGUAUGAAGAUGAGCUGGUGCCUCUGUUUGAGAAGGCGGGCCCAAUCUGGGAUCUGAGGUUAAUGAUGGACCCCCUGUCGGGUCAGAACCGGGGCUACGCCUUCAUCAACUUCUGCAGCAAGGAUGCAGCAGCUGAGGCGGUGAAACUUUGUGACAACUAUGAAAUCCGGUCUAGGAAACACCUUGGAGUGUGCGUAUCUGUAGCGAACAACCGCCUAUUUGUCGGCUCAAUCCCAAAGAACAAAACCAGAGAGAGCAUAUUGGAAGACUUCAGCAAAGUCACAGAGGGGCUUCAGGAAGUGAUCCUUUACCACCAGCCGGAUGACAAGGAGACGAACCGUGGCUUCUGUUUCCUGGAGUAUGAGGACCACAAGUCUGCAGCCCAGGCACGCCGCUGCCUCAUGAGUGGCAAGGUGAUGGUGUGGGGGAACCCAGUCACUGUGGAGUGGGCCAACCCGGUCACUGAGCGUGACACGGAUGUCAUGGCCAAUCAGGCGAAGGUCUUGUUUGUCAGGAAGCUUGCCACCUCAGUCACAGAGGAGCUACUAGUGAAGACGUUUUCUGCCUUUGGCAAACUGGAGCGGGUGUAUAAGCUCAAAGACUACGCCUUUGUCCACUUUGAGGACAGGGAUGCCGCUGUGAAGGCAAUGGUAGACAUGAAUGGAAAGGAGCUGGGGGGAGAGGCGAUUGAAAUAAGAAUAGCAAAGAAGAAGAAGGCGCGGAAGACUCAGCGCCAGACCACCAGAAACCCAGGCAGGAAUGACGAUUACAACCAGCCACCACCACGCAUGCCUCCACCAGAUAGGGGCAGGGGCCGUGGUCGCCGCGGAGGCUACGCCUCCUACCCUCCAGACUACCACAGCUACGAUGACCACUACGGCUAUGACUAUCAUGAACCCUGCAGGGGUUACGAGGACCCCUACUACGGUUACGAGGACCCCUACUACGGUUACGAGGACCCCUACUACGGUUACGAGGACCCCUACUACGGUUACGAGGACUCCUACUAUGGUUACGAGGAUGUGUACAGCGAGAAGGGUCGUGGCAGCAGGGGAGUUCCGCCCCCUCCUAGGGCCCGUGGAACACCACCCACACAGGGCCGAGGGGGCUAUGUGCAGAGGGGGCCACCCAUCAGAGGGCCCAGGGGUGGCAGAGGGGGCCGUGGGGGACUCUUUCAGCCACAGAGGGCCCACAGUACCCGAGGAGCCAGGGGGAACUGUGGGGGCAAUGUGGGCGGGAAGAGGAAGGCCGACGUCUUCAACCAGCCUGACUCAAAGCGCCGGCAGACCAACAAGCAGAACUGGGGGUCCCAGCUCAUCACCCAGCAGCAAGGCGGCGACUAUUCUGAUAACUAUGGUUAAGGUGGUGAGGUGAGAGCGACAGCGCUUAAGUGAGAAACAAACACACCAUGAAAUUUGUUCCUUACAAAAGGGUGAGCUAUUACUAGUAGUGUCUAGCCCAAACCGUGCUGAAUCUACAGAUUAUUUUGUGAGAAGACCGAUUUCCAAGAUGUCUCCUGGUCUGACAAACAGUGCUGUAGCUCUGCGCCACCUUCCACUGCCGAUGCGGGGAUUGAGACGCGGCCCAUGCAAACAAAUGUCUAGUUUAAACGAAUGGAUUUUAAUGGUCAUUUUGUUUAUUUGAUUUAUUAUGCUAAUUACAGAGCAAUUUGCUUGCCUUGCAUAUGCCAUUCAAUGUUUUCUCGUCAACUAUUAGGAUAAAGAUUUUUGAGAGUCAAGAAGAUGACAAUAAAAGAAAUCCUGUGAAGGG